AAGAUAAGAUUUGCUAAGUCCUAUUAGUAUUCAACAAGUUGCAUAGCUUGCCAUUAAACUAAUUAUGUGGUCUUCAUCAACUCAGCGACGAACUAUUAUAAUUAUAAUUAUUAUCAUUCUUAUCAAAAUUGUAUUCUUUAGAGUAGAAAAAAAGAUUGUGAUACGAGAUUUAUCAGAGACUAAUUUAUUCGAAUAUAUUGCUGAUCAAAACUUAUUAUGGCUUGAUGAGGGCGAGGAAAAAAGUUUUGAAGGAUAUUCUAAAAUUCCAGCUUUCGAACAAGUUUCGAAGAAACUUGCGGCUAUCGGAAAUGAUAGAACUGCAAUCUGUGAAACUGAUACUUUAAUUGGGCAGCAAGUAUUAUGCGGGCUCCAAGAGAAAUUUAAUGAUGAAUCAGUGUGUGAUAGUGAUUCACUAACAUAUUUUGCGGAUAUCGACGAUUUGAAACGAGAAAAUGAGUUGAAUGCAAACUUUACGAAUUGGAAAUUAUUAUUUCCAAGACAGGAUCCAAUUGAACGAUUUGUAGAUCAUUUUAUGGAUGCGUGUGUUAGAGAAGAUCGUUCUUGCUUCAAUUGCAAGUUGGAUCUGAGAUGUUAUCUUAUUCAAAUCUGGACACAACUCACACAAAUACAUUCAAAAACUAAAAAAGUGGAUGAAGAUCAUAUGAAAUACGUACCACAAAAUUGGUUUUGUGAAAUGGAAGAGAUGAAUCAAAAAUUCACUUUUGUAGAUUACUCGCUUUUUGCAAAACCAACUAAUCCGGCGUAUGCAGAAAUGCUUCGGCCUGACAGAAUAGACAACGACGGAUUAUUAGCUGAUUCUCUUUCUUCCUACGAGAAAAUCAGCAGUUUUUAUAAAUCAUUCAUUUACUCAAGAGCUGAUGUCUUGGAUUUGUUCACUAAAGUUUAUUAUUACGACUAUAUGGUAUUGCAAAUACCUCUACCACAGUUGAAGGAUGCGGAAGUUCGAGAUUAUAGAGAAGGAUGGCAUUGA